AUGUCGUCGGCAGCCGUCGGCGCUGUCGUCACUUGUUGCUCCGCCGCCAAGGACGAGGAGGAGCAGCGGCAGCGGCUGCAGGGGGCAGCUGAGACGGAGCGAGGGCGUGCGGAGGAGGAGUGCAGCGCCGCCGCCGCCGCCGCCGCAGCGGAGCAGGAGCAGCCAGUCGAGGCGGUGGGCCGGAAGCUCAGCGAGGCGUCGCUGUGCGCCACCACCAACACCCACGAGGAGGAGACAGAGGAAGAGGAGGACGACGAGGAGGCGGCGGCGCCGCCCAAGGACAUCGACCUCGGCCCCCGACUCAGUAUCAAGGAGCAGCUCGACAAGGACAAGGAUGAUGAGAGCCUGAGUAGGUGGAAGGAGCAGCUCCUGGGCAGCGUCGAUUUGAGCACCGUUGGAGAGACGCUGGAGCCGGACGUGAAGAUCACGAGGCUGUCCAUCCUGUCGCCCGGGCGGCCGGACAUGGUGCUGCCGCUGCCUGCGGAGCCCAAGAGCAGCAAGGAGCCGUGGUUCACGCUCAAGGAAGGCAGCGCCUACAGGCUCAAGUUCACCUUCUCCGUCGCCGACAACAUCGUCUCCGGCCUCCGCUACACCAACACCGUCUGGAAGGCCGGCAUCAGAGUGGACAACACCAAGGAGAUGCUGGGCACCUUCAGCCCCCAGGCCGAGCCUUACACCUACCUGACGCCCGAGGAGAUAACCCCGUCUGGGAUCUUUGCCCGCGGAUCAUACUCUGCAAGAACAAAGUUUGUCGACGACGACCGGAAGUGCUACCUGGAGAUGAACUACACCUUCGACAUCCGCUGUGAUUGGACGUCAACCUGA